CUUCGUAGCUGCAGCUCAGCCGGAGCGACUGGCGCCGGAAAGGAGCCCUGGGUGCGGAGCGCUCCAGCCCCCGAGCCCCAUCCUCGCUUGUUAUUAUUAUUAUUAUUAUCAUUAUCAUUAUUAUCAUUACCAUUAUUAAAGGAAGAGAGUCCGAGGUGUUUGCGGCUCCCCAGGGACCUGGUCCUGAAGCCAGAGGCGGCAGGGGCUUUCUGCAGAAGUGACUGAUGUAUCUUGCUGAGAUACAGUGGGCUCUUCUGGACCCGUGCCAGAGACCCGUCUACAGGGACAUUGUGCAGGACAAUUAUGGGACCCUGCUCUCACUAGACGGAGGAAACAUGAACCCAAAUCCUCAGCCCGGAAGUGCCGAGGCCACACAGGCGCCCAAGCAGUUACCUGGACGGCCUGAAGGCUCCCUUUACUUGGGUCCAGGUGGGCAUCAAGGUGAGGAUGCAGGGAAAGGAUGGCCCAAGCUCCCUCCCCCCAUGCCUAAAGACAACCCAAGCAUCCCCCCAAGAGUAUACAUGGGGCCCAGCCAGAAUCUGUGUGUCCAAUGUGGGGAGAGCCUCACCCAAGCUCAACAGAGCCUCACCCAAGCUGAGCAGAGUCUGUCCCUCGCACAGCAGACCCUCUCCGAAGCUCAGCAGAGGAUCGCCCAAGCUCAGCAGAGCGUCGGACAACCCCAAAGAGUUCCCCGUUCCAGUGAUAAGCUCUAUUCGUGCUCUGAUUGUGGGAAAAGUUUUGGAGUGAGUUCCCACCUCACCAUUCACAGGAGAACCCACACAGGUGAGAAACCGUAUGUGUGUAACGACUGCGGGAAAAGAUUCAGCCAGAGCUCGACCCUUGUCCUCCACCGCCGCAUCCACACAGGGGAAAAACCCUACAAGUGCACUGACUGUGGGAAGAGCUUUUCGGUGAGUUCCCACCUGACCAAGCACCAGAGAAUCCACACAGGAGAGAAGCCUUACGAAUGCCAGGUUUGCGGGAAAAGGUUCAGCCAGAGUUCUACCCUCAUCCUGCACCAGAGAAUCCACACAGGGGAAAGGCCUUAUAAAUGCGACGAGUGUGGGAAGACCUUCAGCGUUAGCUCCCACCUUACUAUCCAUCAGAGAAUCCACUCAGGGGAGAAGCCGUAUCGCUGCAUGGAGUGUGGGAAAAGUUUUCGUCAGAGGUCAGGCCUCAGCACACAUCAGAAAGUCCAUAUAGUGGCCCUUGAGAGAUCUUACAAGUGCCCGCCCUAAGAAGGUUGGACCUCAAACCCACUUGCCAAUUCCCAUCAAAAGUUCUUCUUUUACUAUUAAAAGCAAACCAACAUGGAAGGAGGAACUGCUUAUGUUUAGAAUGCUUCACCUGGAAAUCCAAAAUUCAGCAACCAGAUUUUGUAACAAUACUGUUUUGUUUUUUUUUAAAAAGAAUGUAUGCAAAUGCGCAUAUUUUGCCUUAAUCUGCAUGCAUUAUUAUAGGUAAACUGUGAGAAAGCGUGGAACUGUUGACGGACUCAUUUUAAACAAAGGAGAGUUGGGACUCCUAAGAAUGAUAGGGGUCAGUAGAUGUACAAGGGCCCUAAGCCCUUCCCAACUUCCCAAAAGAAAGUACAAAAGGUCAAAUUUACUUGGACGUUAAGGUCGUCGGACUCCGUAUUCUUGCCCCAAAAGGUGCCUUGACAAGCUAACCUUUGGAUUCACGACCUUCCAGCUUUCUCUCAGCAGCUUCUAAAACACUCUUCAGUGGACGGAUUCUGGCCAGAGACAGAAAGAGAUGGUUAGCACUUUGCUUUUUAAGAGCCUCGUGGAAGCAAGCGGGGGGCUCAGAACACUAUUAACUUGCAGUUUUGUGUAUAUGAUGGAGUGCCACCCCCUCUCCCCCUAGUAUGGAAUUAGGGCUUUCUGGAUGCAACAGUUGAUGCUCACUUGUUGCAUGAGAUCUAGUAUGUUUUCUCCAGAAAGCACUUCUGCUUGGGCAUUUUGCAUUUGCCAAGCAAUUCAACCCCUGUAUAUUGUGACUGGAAAUAUGUCCUUGUAGCUAGCAAUUUGGAGAGCUGUUUGAAAUGUUAAUGUGACAGUUUCACAGACACUGAAUAAUGCCCAUGCAGUCACUGGUGGCAUUUUACUUUUUUUUUUUUUUACAUUCUCCUACUCUAAUGUGGAAAGAUCCAUGUAACUCAGUAAAGGGUCAGUGAGUGUAACUAGCGACUUUUUCUCCUCUGCAGCCGCUGCAGAGGCCGUAUUUUUGGAUGGGAAUAGAAAUAUAAUACAUAAUCAUAACAUUUUUGUCCCUUAUUGAGCAAGAUGAUUCUUGUUUUUUAAAUAUGGAGAACAGGCCACUCCUGCACAGCAAGGCUGUCCCUCUCAAGGUUACCUGAUUGUUACCCUGGAACACCUAUCAGUGCCAAAGAAGUGGGAGAGGAUGCAGCCACAGCACUUCUGCCUUGAUUCCUUUGCCCACUUCCCUUCUGCAUCUUCCACAGCAAGUCCAGUUUCAUCUCGGCAGGUGAGAGAGAAGGAUGGAUCCAGAAACUAGGGGAGGAACAGUUUGGGAGAUGUACCAUGCAGUCCUCAGCUGUGAGCUAGGCUAAAUUUUCCAUCAGCAGAACACUGUCCCCCCUCUCCACUGCAGCCCAAAGAUCUCAAAAUGCUACUUGUGGGGGAUAGGGGACCCUGAGCAGAGAUAUGAGGGGGCUGCAGCAGGAAGGAAGGAUCAAUGGAGAUCUGGAUCCAACCCAUUGAUGUCACGUCAGUGGACUUAGAAGGGUAUAUCUCAUCUUAGGAUUGGCUCUAGCAGUUACUGUCUCAGAACUUUUAAGCAGGAUCUCUGGGAUGGAACUGGCAAGCCUACAUCUCUUUGUUCAGUUAUGGAUGGACAGCAUAUUUAUUGUUACUGCCACUGGAUCAUGGCUAGCAAAGCUCAAGCCGUAAGAGGAAAGUCUGUUUUGGUUUCUGUAGUCUAGAUGGCAAUUAGAUAAGUUACCACUCCAAUUACAGGAACUUGCCAUCAUUUUAAGUACUCUUUCUACCCACCUCCUCUGAUCAGCAGGCAUUUAGAGUUCUUCAUCCACCAGUUUCACGUUAAAACCUCACCUUGUAAUCUCCAUGGCUUCAUUCAAAGUGUAUUAAAGU